AUGCUUGGAAGCUGCGUCAACAGGAAGUUGCUUGUUUUGGGCAAACAGAUCUCAUGCGCCGGCCUGCACAUCCAACAUGGCCGCCAGCAGCCCGGCCUCUCCCACACUGGACGACGCUGCCCCGCCAGGUCGGAUGUGCCGCCGUGUUCCCAUGGUGACUGGGGCAGGAAGUGUCCAUCCGGUUGCCGCCUGCAGGCUAUCCUCUCCCAGGCGCACACAAAAGUGGACAGGAAGCUGUACGGGUUCUGUAAGACGGCCAAGACGCUGGAGGCCGCGAAUGACGAGUUGAUGGCGAAGGUCGCGAACGUCUACCGCCAACACCGGAGGGUCCUGGUCAUCCAACAUGUGUCGGAGCUGAAGUUUGUGCAAGAUGCUGCUGAGCUGGCAAGGAACCUGACGACACUUCGGCAACGAUCUGGGCGGCAGCGGCAGCGGCUGGAGGAGCUCAAGGAACGCGUUCGGCGGCAGGUGGAAGAGCUGUGGAGAGCUGAGGUGGACGUGGACAUGAAGCUGCGAGCGUGUGCGGGAUCCUGCAAGGCGGUGCUGCCUUUCAGCAUCGACGACGCCGCCUAUCGGACACUCCGGGCAGACGCGACUGAGUUUGACAGCCAGAGAAGGAAGCAGGCCCCACCUCCGGGAGAUAUCCCACAAAUCAAACUUCGGCCUGUGCUCGUGGGCCCGCCCCCGUCCAAAGCGUACAAGCAGAUCCCGACGGUACGGAGCGAAUUGCUCACCCAGUUUGAGGACAUUGGACAAAAUCAGCUCUUUUUGGUCGAGUCUGAGAAUGGCGAACCUCACGAAUCUUAGCACUUCUCCAACAUCCAACAUACACUACCCACAAUAUUAUUAUUAUAAUAUAGAUCACUUACAGAGUGUCACGUAUUGGAGUAUUUAAACAUCAUUAACAAGUCACAGCAUCAUUCUAUUCGAUGACGUCUUCACUUGUUUGUAUCGAGUAAGCGCAAGCACACCAAGUCACCAAUCUUAGUAAACUUAGCUUCAAUAUUGCAGAGGUACUGUUACGAUAUGAUGUCAAUCGUGAGAUAAAUAAAUUCCAGCAAUGGUCUCUGAA